AUGAAUUGGACAAUCCUGGAAGGCCUCAAGAAGAGGGUCACAGGCGUGCUCAGGGCCUGGGUGGAUGAACUCCCUAGUGUCCUGUGGACACUACGAAUGACCCCAAAGUCCGUCUUGGAGGAAUCCCCAUUCAGCUUGGCAUUUGGAAUUGAAGCGAUCCUUCUGCCCAAGAUGGUAUUCCCGACCUUAUGCAUCAUCACCUUCAAGCAAAACAACUCCGAGGAGGACCUCAGGGCUAACCUAGACCUUCGCGAAGAGAGAAGGGCCGAGGCGCACCUACGCAACCUAGCAUACAAAAAAGCCACAGCCCGACUUUACAACCGCAGGGUCUGCCCAUGA